AUGCGUUGUUCUAUCGGUUACGGUACUGGAGUAUAUCAGUUAGCUUGCCUAAGAGCGAAUUCGGGAAGCGUUCCAUACCAUAUCUCUCUCAUGAGAUUGGUGCUGAAUGAAUACGAAUUACCCUUUCCAUCUACCCUGAAAGGAGUCCAGUCAUUUCUAGGCAGCCUGAAUUACUACCACAAAUUCAUUGAGGAUUACGCCGUGGUAACCGCUUCACUCUAUGAGUUGACCGAUGAUCAAGUGCGCGCAGGACGGGACUUGUCUCGGACGAGGGAAUCUUUCGAGAUCCUGAAGAGGAAGAUUGUGUCUACACCUCUACUCAAACACCCGGAUCGAACGAAACCUUUUGUGAUCAUCCCUCAUGCGAACCAGUGGGCAGCUUGUGCAGUUCUAGGACAGAUGCACGAUGGACUUGUUCAACCUGUUCGAUUCACGGGGCGCGUCCUGAGUGACGUCGAGCUCAAGUAUCAUAUUGCUGAGAAGGAAGUCCUUGCUGUAAUGCGGGUUCUCCAUGUUUUCAAGACCCUGAUCGAAGGAUGUCCGCUGAUAAUCUACACUCGACACUCAGUGUUGAAGUGGGUCAUCAAUUCCAAGACCGCCGAGGGCCGUCUGGUGCCAUGGGGUGUCGCGCUCUCACAGUACGACUUGGAAAUUCGAAAGGUCUGUCGAGAUGAGGAUGGCCUAGCCGCCAUUAUGGGCGCAGGUAUCACUCCCAGGGAGCACUUGGAUGAAGUCGCCGAAGUACUCAUUCCAGCCAAGGGGCGCGUCAAACCGCCUCCAGUCGUGAGUAUCGAAAUGCUCUCAGCAGCGUACUCCGGACUACCUGAAUGGAAAAUUUUGGAUGCUCGAGGCUACAUCCUGGAUGGAGUCACCGUCAAUGACGCGGAGUACUUCGGGUUGCUUAAAGGGUUGACAACGGCAGCGUACUCCGGAUUACCUGAAUGGAAGGUCUUGGAUGCCCGAGGAUACAUCCUGGAUGGAGUCACCGUCAACGACGCGGAAUACUUCGGGUUGCUUAAAGGACUCGCGAUGGCUUUGGAAAGAGGAAUUCGGGACAUACUCGUUGUGGGUGACUCGAGAAUUGUGAUUCAACAAGUCCAAGGUCGGAUUAAUUGUAAUCAGCCUAAUCUCCAAAGGAGGCUAGCUGAAUGCGAAACCCUGAAGGAACGUUUCCAGACGGUCCGACUGGUGCACAUGAAACGCGAAUUCAACCAGGCCGCAGAUUACAUGACAUCGAAGACUCUUGUCCAAGGUGAAUCCUGGACUGUUCAGGGUGAUCUCGAGAAACGACACCUGGAAGUAGUGUCUAAGAUUCGCGACCAGUUGGUGAAGCCGUCAGAAAGCACCGACACUCGGGGUCACAGUGGAGAUCCAAUACCCUCGUACAAGACCCUGGUGAAGAAGAUGGCAAUUCAGAAACGAGACAUAGUCCUGGCCCUGAAUGUGCCCCUCUACCUUCUGCCGCCCGAGUCAUGGCUGUACUCACAAGAUCGCGAGCUGAAGAAGCUGAUGACGAUAAAACGGAUCAAGGUGCAUCAAGAGAGUGAUGAGUAUCUAGCAGAGAUAAGGGCGUUCCUGAAUGACGAUCUGGACAGGUUCUCAUCCACGCGCUUGAAGAAGAUCAGUAGAGUCGCAGAUCUGUUCGUUCUGGAUGACCGAGGAGUGUUGUACAGACUUUCACACUCUUCCCGAGUUUACUCCGGGAAGACAUGUUGCAUCACACAUGAAGAUUUCCAAGGUGGACACCAAGGGAUUACUCGGACGCAUGAGAAGUUGCGUACCGAAUUCUACUGGCCCGGCAUGUAUGCGGACGUCCAACAUUUUGUGAAAGAAUGCGUGGACUGUGCCAUGGGAAAAGGAGCUCCCCCGAAUGCUGGACCUUCGCCAGGAAACAUCGAACCACGGUGUCCUUUCGAGGCAGUUUCUAUGGAUUUCGUGACUCACAUGCCCGAGUCAGCCAGAGGGAAUACUUUCCUCUUGUUGUUUCAGGACAUGUUUUCAGGUUACGUGAUGUGCAAACCCAUGUCAUCUACUACCGCGCAAGAUGUCGCUGAAGCUUAUGAAGAGCAAGUGUUCCAGAGAUUCGGGCCGUCUUCUAUGAUACGACACGAUCAGGAUCCGCGGAUCAUGAGUGAAGUGUUCACAAGGUCCCGAGAACUCUUAGGUAGCCGACAACGUGCUACACUCGGGUACCGUCCACAGGCGAAUGGACAGCAGGAGAGAUCCGUACAAACAGUCAUUCGGAGUGUUCGGGCAUACGUCGCCGAGAUGGAUCAAUCCGACUGGGAUGAUCACGCUGAGCGACUGAUGUUCGCCCUGAAUGUCUCGUUCGACGCGACUAGACUGGAUACUCCUUUCUGUUUGGUUCAUGGUUGGGAUGCCCGAAGUACGGUUUCGGCAAUGUUGGGGCCAAAACCUUCGAGCGUUCCUGAGCGUAGCGCCUAUGAGUGGCGACGGAAGCUACAGCGUGAAUAUAGUUACGCGCAUGCCUGCGCUGAUGAUCUCCAGAAGACGGCUAAGAAGAUGCGCUCAGACGAACAAGGGUGGUGA